ACAGCCAAUCCCACUAUCCCAGUACGAGGUUUCACUUUCAACUGGCAAGUACCGCUGCUUCUGAAACUCCCAGAACAAUGAAACUCGCAGCUACAACAAAAUCCCUCCUUGAUCUUCCUACACGGCCUAAAACCGGCAGUAUUGCCGGACUGAGACACUUCUCCGGCGAGCUCGACGAUUCACAUAAACCGCUUCCGCCGCCGCAGCCAAUUUCCGAAAUAGUGUCCCUCCUCAAAACUACCGAUCACAAUGACUGGAAUUCUAACCCCCAGCUUGUUGAAUUCCUUCACACCCCUCCUUUCCCAACUUCCCUUCUCAAAAUCACCCGUCAAUUGGGAUCCACUGAAAAAGCUUUACAGUUCUUUGAAUUCUUCAAAAGUCAUAACUCUAGUUCAUCAUCAAGCCCUUCUUCUCUUUCCUUCACAUUUCAAGCUAUCCUCGAACAAGCAAUGCGUGAAAAUACUGACUUACCCAGUAAGCUUUACCAUCUUUUUUCCUUUGCUAAAGAUAGAGAAAUCCCUUUAUCCAUCAAUGCUGCGACUCUUCUUAUAAGAUGCUUUGGCCGUGCCAAAAUGCUUGAGGAAUCGAUAGUCGUGUUCAAUGCACUAGACCCUGAAUCAAGAAACACAAAUGUGGUUAAUUUGCUGUUAGAUUGCUUGUUUCGUGGAGGGAAUACUGAUGAUGGGUUCAAGGUGCUCGACGAAAUGCUCGAAAGGGAGAGUAGUUUCCCGCCGAAUGAGAGUACGAUGGAUAUUGUUUUAUCUGCUAUUUGGAAGAGGAAUUGGGUUGGGAGGAGGAUGAGUGUGGAGGAAAUUUGUGGACUUGUUGUGAGAUUCUUCGAAAAUGGUGUGUUCUUGGAUGAUGUGUGGCUUACUAAAUUGAUUACCAACUUUUGUCGAAGCGGGAAGAGUAAUAAGGCUUGGGACCUUUUGCAUGAUAUGAUGAGGUUGGGUGGUCAGGCGGAAGCUGUUUCAUUUAAUGCCCUUUUGAGUGGGUUAGGUAGGGAGCGUGAUUUUGAAAAGAUGAAUUUGCUUAUGAAUGAGAUGAAGGAAAAGGAAAUUAAACCAGAUGUUGUGACAUUUGGGAUUCUCAUCAAUCAUUUAUGCAAAAGUUACAAGGUCGAUGAGGCAAUGCAGGUGUUUGAGAAGAUGGGAGGCAGUGAAAGUGAUGGCGUUCUUGUUAAGCCAGACCUUGUUCUCUACAAUACAUUGAUUGAUGGGCUUUGUAAGGUAGGGAGGCAAGAAGAAGGGUUUAAGUUGAUGGAAAAGAUGAGGCUGGAGAGUGGAUAUGAACCUAAUACUGUUACCUAUAAUUGCUUGAUAGAUGGUUUCUGCAAAGCAGGCGAGAUUGAGAGGUCAUACGAGCUUUUUGACCAGAUGAAAAAGUGCGGGGUUGUGCCAAAUGUGAUUACUCUGAAUACUUUGCUUGAUGGAAUGUGCAAGCAUGGGAGAGUUAACAGUGGUAUAGAGCUUUUUGCUGAGAUGCAAGGGAAAGGUGUAAAGGGGAAUGCGAUCACUUACACCAUCCUCAUUACUUCCUUUUGUAGUGUCAACAAUAUUGACAAAGCAAUGAAGUUAUUUAAUGAAAUGUCAGAAAAUGGGUGCUUCCCUGAUGCCAAAGUGUACUACAGUUUGAUUUUGGGCCUUUGCCAGGCUCGAAGAACGAAUGAUGCUUCCUGUGUCGCUUCAAAGGUGAAAGAAGCUGGGUUUGGGUUGGACAUUAUCUGCUAUAAUGCUCUGAUUGGGGGAUUUUGCAGGAAAAAUAAGAUUGAUGAAGCUCAUAAUAUGCUUAGAGACAUGGAGGAGGCAGGUAUCAAACCUGAUCGCUACACGUACAACACUUUGAUAUCAUAUUUCAGCCAGAAGGAGCAAUUUGCAACUGCCCAUAGAGUUAUGAAGAGGAUGAUUGAUGAUGGUUAUUUGCCUAAUGUUGUUACAUAUGGAGCACUAAUUCAUGCAUAUUGUUUAUCUGGUGUUGAUGAAGCUAUGAAAAUAUUCCAGAAUAUGAGUUCUUCUACAAAUGUGCCACCAAACACUGUCAUAUACAAUACUUUGAUCGACACUCUCUGCAAAAGUGACAAAGUAGAAGCUGGUAUUUCUUUGUUGGGUGAUAUGAAGGACAAAGGGGUAAGACCAAAUACCAUCACAUACAAUGCCAUCUUUAAAGGCCUUCAGGAGAGGAAUUUGGUGGAAAAGGCAUUUGAAAUAAUGGACCAAAUGACUGAAAAUGCAUGUAAUCCUGACUACAUUACCAUGGAAGUCCUAACCCAAUGGCCUCCUGCCAUUGGUGAAACAGAAAAAUUGCGAAGCUUUCUGGAAGGAUAUGAGGUUUCUACUUCAACUGCCUAAUACUAACUGGAGUGGAGGAUAUCCUUCCUAGUUCCGCUGUGAUAUUCACUGGGUAUGGUGGAGAUUCUUUUGCAGUCAGUUGAGGUCCCAUUUGGAUACCUUUCUCAGCCUUUCGGCUAAGAUCAAGUGGAAUGUGCGAGGUCCCAUUUGAUCUUUAAGCUCUGUGCUGUCAUUUGAGAUACCUGCUUUGAUGCAUAAGUUGUUCAGUAGGUACACAAAUCAUGUUCUAUGAAGACAUUUCCAUCCAUCUUGCCCUUCUGAUGAACUGAAAAUCAUUCCAACAUGACAAAAUGAUGUUACAAGUUUGGUGGGCGUGCUACGCCAAGAAUUUUUGUAUUUUCACAUUUCAUCCAAGUUGUAGUUGGUUUAAUGCAAGAUGAAGUUCCUGUAUGCUUAUACUGUGUCAACUUUGUUCUGAGCUUAAUAUUUUGGCUUUGGACGUA